AUGUCGGAGAUUCCAGACUCUGAUGCUGAUGAGACAAUGUUGGAGAUUCCAGACUCUGAUGCUGCCGAUAACCUCACUAUCAACGACACACAGAGUAACUCAGACGAUGAAGAACCCUACAUUACUUGCCCACCAACGCCGUUUUCUGAGGCCUCUUGGGUUGAGACUGACGCCGACUACGAGGCUACAGAUGAUGACCAAGGCUUGGAACUAGACGACAGCUUCGUUUACGGCGCUAAUAACGAUGACAUCCAAGAACACGACAGCCAAUCUUCGUCCCAGACAAAUAACAACUUUGACGAUAACUUUGAUGUAAAAAAAAAAUAG